AUGUUCUUCCUCUUCCGCUACAUCCUCUAUUUCCUAGGCUUCUACUUCGUCACCAUGUUGUCCUGCUUCGCUCUUUAUACCUAUCUCCCUAAGCCUCCCAAGAUCCUCGGCUUCAUCGCCCGCUCCAUGGCCGCCUACAUCAGCCUGAUAGCCUGCGCAGCCUAUGGCACAAUAUCCUCUGCGAUCCUCCGAGUUUUCGGGUUACAUUUUGCAUACGCCCAAUGGACGACGGCAAAGGCGUUCAAGAAUCUCUGCACCUACACGGUGGGCGUCAAAUUCGAGGUGUUGGACAAUGGCUACGAGAUCCUGAACAACACCCGUCCUGCCGUCUUCAUCCUCAACCACCAAACAGAGUUAGAUGUUCUGCUGCUGGGUUGGAUAUGGCCCAAAUACUGCUCAGUCACGGCCAAGAAAUCACUCCGCAACGUCCCCUUUUUGGGGUGGUUCAUGACCCUCUCUGGCACCGUGUUUAUUGAUCGGGUGGACAGAAGCGCAGCUUUGAAGGCUUUUGAAGGUGCUGCCAGGACCAUGCGGGAGAAGAGACAGAGCGUGGUCAUCUUUCCGGAAGGGACAAGGAGUUAUUCCACCGAACCGAUGCUGCUACCUUUCAAGAAGGGUGCCUUUCAUCUGGCUGUGCAGGGCGAUGUGCCUAUUGUGCCGAUCGUGGCAGAGAACUAUAGCAGUGUGUUGAAUCCCAAAGCCAGGAGGUUUAAUGCCGGAACAAUCAGGGUCAAAGUUCUGGACCCUAUUCCUACAAAAGGCCUCACCGCAGCGGACGUCGACAAGCUAACACAAGAUACUCGCGAAAAAAUGCUCAAUGUCAUUACAGCUAUGGGUCAAGAUUCGGGAUCACUAUUUGCACAGAGCAAAAAGGACUCUUAA